GAUAUGGAGGAACUCAAGCAAAGGGGACGCAAGCGGGAAGGGCGACACAGAGACACCUGGGACCCGUUCCAGCUGAACCCUAUCGGAGCCGAGAAAGAGCAGAAGAGAACAUGCUUUGCAUUGCUGCAGAACCUGGUGACCUUUAUUGUGGGUCUGCUGGUGUUGGUCAGCGCUGUCUUGAGCAAGGGUUCUUUGCUGGUUCUGACCACUCUGUCCAGCCCGAGGUCUUUCAGAAAUUCAGUGGACCGGCAGGUCUACACACUUCUGCUGAUGUGUGUUCUGGUGACACCAAAUCUCCUGGUGUUCCUCAAGUCUCUGUGGAAGUGUGCCUUCAAGAGCUAUGUCCCCCCCAACCCAAGGACAUUGGGAAUUAUGUGUGUGAUUGAGAGUCUGGUGGCCAUUGGGAGUGCAAUCUUGGUGCUCAUCGUGAUGCCUCAGUUUGAUAUCCUCACAAACCUCUGCAUCCCUGGAGGUGUCUGCAUAUUGUCCUCUGUCCUCCAGAUCGUCUUUCGCCUGCAGAAGGAGAGCUGGAUGAUCAUCUACCCCAUAUGCUCCCUCAUCCUGGUGCUCAGCGGUUACACUUUACUAAUAGUGGACUACUAUGUGAGAAUUUCCUCUUUUGUCACGCAAGAUGUUUACAUAUAUGUCGGCAUUGCUAUUUUCGCAUCUCUGCUGGUUUCUCUGAACUGGUGGGAGAACCCAUUACAGGCCAGUAACAACAUUCAGGAGAUGCUUAGUGAAUUAGAUGGUUCCAGAGACGUUGUUUAUCUCGUGACCAGUUUCGUUAGAAUCGUCAUCACGAUGGGGGUGUACUUUCUUUAUUACUGCCUGAUUGCAGAGGAAAAAAUUGACUGGACCGCAUACACCAAAGCCGAAGGCGCAGUAGAGAUCGGCCUGGUGGUAUUUUUCCUGCAAGCGUUCUGCUCGGCAGCGUGCCACUGGUUUGGAGUCGUGGCCUGCAAGAUCCAUGCAGUGCGAUUUGCUUUUGCCCUCCCGGUUUCACUCGCUGGUCCAGCCACACUAAUCCUGGGAAUAACACUUUUCUUGACGCAAGCUGACAGUUUAUCUAAUUUAACUAAAGAUUACGUGUAUAAUUUUGACAACAUUACCAAUCCAAUUUGGCCAUUCUGUUUUAAACUUCAACAUAUUAAGGAGGCGAACAGCACCCUGGCUGUGAUGCUGGAAAUUACCAACAGUAUUUGUCAGACGUCACUCAAUAGUUCAUAUGAAAUGUGGCCUUUUGCAAUGCUGGCGCUUGAGGGGGUCUGUAUGUGGCUCGGGCUCAUGGCAUGCACAUAUUACGUGUGGAGAAUAAGGGUACAGAGAAUUGAACGUACAUCACAGCUGUUUGUACGUAGACUGUAUGAAUCUGCCUUUAUCGAUCUGUCUCUGCUGCUCAACACCAAAAUGAAAGUUGUCCGGACGAAAAACAAGGAAAGUAGUAGUGAUGAUAUGCAAAACUGUGUCAUUUACCUCUGUGCAACAAUGUGGCAUGAAACAUAUGAUGAGAUGCUGAAAAUCUUGACCUCAAUGUUCAGAUUGGACAGAUACAGAGGGGAUCCCAAGGAGGAACACAAGGAUUGCUUUGACUUUGAAUGCCAUAUUUAUGUUGAUGAUGCCUUCAUGAAAGAAAAAGAGACAGAGAAAAAGCUGGUCAACUCAUACGUUUGCGACCUUAUACAUGUUGUCAUGGAGGUAUACAGGGUAUUUACAAAUAAGGAGCCCGAUGAGGUUUCAAUAAUUGAAACUCCAUAUGGAGGUCGACUUGUGUUUGUAAUGCCAGAGGGAAACAUGCUUUAUGUUCAUCUGAAAGACAAACAAAUGAUUCGGAACAAAAAGCGAUGGUCACAGAUCAUGUACCUGUAUUACCUGCUAGGCUGGAAAGGAUAUAAUGUCAAAAACCCUCAGAAAAUAACAAGACAAAAUAACCCGUGUCGUGCCAGUCUCAUAUCAUUAGAUGGAGAGAGUUAUCUGCUUCCUGCUCAUGAUAAUGACAGUAAGAGGAAGCAUAUAUCUGAUGACAACACAUAUAUCAUGGCCCUGGACGGAGACACAGACUUCCAACCGGGUGCUCUGAUUCUGCUCGUCGACCGUCUGAGAAUGUAUGACAACGUAGGAGCAGCCUGUGGACGCAUUCACCCCACUGGAAUGGGACCGAUGGUGUGGUACCAGAAAUUUGAGUAUGCAGUAGGUCACUGGCUUCAGAAGACAGCAGAGCACGUGUUUGGGUCGGUUCUGUGCAGUCCAGGAUGUUUCAGUCUGUUCAGAGGUUCUGCUCUUAUGGACGAUAACGUCUUGAAACGAUACACCACCAAAGCCUCCAGAGCUUCUGAGUAUGUGCAGUAUGAUCAAGGCGAGGACCGCUGGCUGUGCACUCUUCUUCUGCAACAGGGCUGGAGGGUGGAGUAUAAUGCUGCCUCAGAUGCGUACACCAACUCCCCUCAAGAGUUCAAAGAGUUCUACAACCAGAGACGACGAUGGGGUCCUUCGACACUGGCCAACACUCUGGACCUGCUCCACAGCGGGACAGAAACAGUGAAGAGGAACGCCUCUAUAUCCAUGCUGUACAUCUUGUACCAGAUUUUCACCGUGGCCUCUUCCAUCCUGGGACCUGCGUCUGUUACCCUUAUGAUAGCAGGAGCUUUUCAAUUUGUGUUUGGAGUUCCAGGCACUCUUUCCAUUAUAAUUGCUGUUCUACCUCCAGUGGUUUACAUGAUCAUAUGUUUUACUGCCAAACCCAACUUCCAAAUCACCAUCGCCGCCAUUCUCAGUGUCAUAUACGCAUUCCUAAUGACCGCGUCCUUCUUUUCCAUUAUUGGUGACAUGGUUAUACAAGGAACAUUCAUAACUCCGACUGGACUCUUCCUGGUGUCUGGUGCCAUUAUGUACAUGGUGACGGCCAUCCUUCACCCACAAGAGUGCACCUUGAUCAUCUAUGGUCUCAUGUACUUUAUCUGUAUUCCCAGUGGCUAUCUCCUCCUCACAAUAUAUUCUCUAGUCAACAUGCACAUCGUAUCUUGGGGCACUCGAGAAUCUACCAAGGCCAAGGAGGAAAAAAAGCAAGUGGGUGUAUGCAAUCGUGACUGCAAACUUUGCUGCUGGGAUGUGAAAAUCCAAGUCACCCAAGAGACGGAAAAUCUAGUCCUUCAACAAAUCCAGCAAGCCAUCAAUCUAAAUUCACAUGCUGCCAAAACUGAGCCCAAGGAGCCAACCGUUCAGAACACACAUGAAAGUCCAAACAGCUUACACACUGAAAAAAACAUCCUGGACUACAAUGAAGAGAAGAGUUAUAAAACAGACGGGUACAAAGAGAGUCUUCCAGACAGCAAGGAAAAAGACAUCGACAAAGACUCUGAGAGAAGUGGGAGUUCCAAAAGCUGUGAGAAAAAAAUGGAUGCAUUAAAUGAUGACACAGACUAUGAUGAUGAUGACGAUGAUUAUGAUGACGGCGAUGAUUAUGAUUACAUUCUUAAUGAGGCAAAGGAAGUUGUGCCUGAGAGUGACUGGGUGGAGCCUGUGAAGACAGAGUUUCUGAAGAAACUGACCUAUGCAAACCUAAAGAGAAACCUUCAGGAGCAGAUUCGAUACACUCUGAGGAACAAGAACCAGGAGGACCUGUGUGAAGAGCUGGUGCUGAUGCUCACGGAUACUCUGAACGGGGAGCUGAGGUAUAAAGUGGGUCCCGAAGACGUGUUGACCAUCAGUCAGCUCGAAGAACUGCAGUAUGCGUUGAAUGAAGCGGCCAGACGCAUACUGAAGACCAACCGCAUGGAGAGACUGGAACGACGUGUCAAGAGGGGUAUUGAAAGGACGCUUGUGGCUCCACAGAUUGAGAAACUUUCUGAGGAUGAGACUGAUUUCUGGAAUAAGCUGAUAGAGCGCUAUCUACUGCCCAUAGUAGAUGACAAAGCUCAUCUGGAGGAGGUGACACGAGAACUGAAGUCUCUACGAAACAAGGGAGUAUUUUUGUACUUCAUAAUUAAUGUCUUGUGGGUUGUGGCAACGUUUUUCCUUCAAGCCAUCGGCGGCGAUGUUCUUAGUAUUAAGAUUCCAAAAUACCUUGCAAACGGAUCGUUGGCAGCUGAGCCUUUGAAGGUGGAGCCUUUGAGUUUGAUGUUCUUGCUGUCUUUUGCCGUUCUUCUAAUCGUUCAGUUCUUGGCUAUGCUCUACCACAGAGUCUACACCCUCAUCCACGUGGUAUCAUACAGGAGCACAGAGAAAGACUACAAAGAGAGAAAUGAGGAAGAGGAUGAUGAUGCAUUGAUCCUGGAGAAUCAAAUCGCCAAUGGUCUUAUAAUCACUAGUGAUGACUUAUGAAACUGUUGCGAAUUUCAUGUUUUCAUACUUGCC